AUGCCACGGCCACGGCCACUAUCGGCCCGUUCUGGUUCUUCUGACGAGUCGACCAUUCAGUUCCCUUCUAUCAAUGAAAAAGAGUCUCGCAGAUCAUCUACAUCUUCAUCCGCUUACGACGACUCGGACCGCAUCCCAUUUCCUUCUUAUAUGUACCCCUCCGCACCGUGCAUCUCGACCAAGUAUCCCAUAUGUCCCCGGAACAAGCUAUGCUCACCUGAAGAGCUCCCUGUAACUCCUUACGCUCAACGCUGCUUCGCUAAGUUCCCGGCUCGCAUGGGUUACGAAUUCCACCUGGGAGACUUCAAGAUUAAGAAGAAGGCCUGGUAUGGCUACUAUUUCGACCCCUACGUACUCGAGACCUACGCUAUGCGAUUCAUCCACGACGAAUUCCUCUACUUGUGGAAAGACUCGGACCUCUGGCUCCUGGCCCUCGAGAUGCUUGCCGAACAGGCUGGAGUGAGUACCCACAUGCAAGCUGAGAUCGUUGUCGUCGAUAUGGAUGCGGAGCGGGAGGUUCCGGUUCUCACUCGUGGUGCGGUGAUGGAGGCUGUAGGAGAGACGUGCAUGAUUAUUCCAUUGUGUGAGAACACACAGUUCAGUAUGAUGAGGAGGCCGACGCAGAAGCAGCUCGAUUUUAUGACGGAGGUUUUGGGGCAUACGCCGAGGUGGUGGGAGGCUACGGAUUAUGUGCAUCGUCCGAAGCAGCCCGAGGUCGACUGA